AUGUCAAAAACGCCUCAAUAUAUACAAAUUUGUCUAUAACACAAAGAGAAACCAGAUCUUAAAAAGAAAAUGAAAAUUUCUUUAGAUGAUUAAUUCUCUGUGAUAGAUGAAUAGGUAUUUUUAAAUAAAUAAAUGGAAUAUUAUUAUUAAGGUUAAUUAAUUAAUAAAAAAUAAACUUUUCGUUAAUUGUAAAUCACUCAAAAUGAUACUGUAAUUGAACAUCAACCAUUACAGGGAGAUUAAAUUUUAAUUAAAUUUCAACAUCUUGAAUAAAAUGAUAUAAAAGAAUUUUUAGUACAAUCAAAUGAAUUAUUAUCAGAAUACAUAUACAAAUUGAUUGGAAAGAAAACUAAAGAUGUAUGGGUAAGUAUUAAUAAUCAAGAAAUUGAGAAUAUAGAAUAAACUUUUGCUGCAUUAAAAAUUUAGAACGCUUUAAUAUUGUAUUAACAUUUAUAGAUUAAAUUGUAAGUAUGGCAUAAUGGAAAUGCUUCUGAAGUUAUAGUUGAUAGAGAUAAAUGUGUAAUAGAUUUGUUUUAUAUCUUGAGAAAUCAUUUUUAAAUAGCUGAUUAAUAAUUAAUUGAAUUGGAAUAUGGAAAUUAAAAUGUUUAAGGUGUUUUAUUGAAUUAGAAAUUAUGGGCAGCAUCUUAGAAACCCUACAAAGUAGUUAUUUUAAAAUAGGAUCAAUUAUCUGGCAAAAAUCAAUCAAUAAAGUUAUAUUUUAUUAAUAAAAAAUAAUAUGUUGAUUUUAGUUUAGACUUAGAUCAAAAAAUUGAAUAAUUUUAAAAAGAAUUUUUAUUUUUAAAUUCUUAUCCUAAAAAUUAACCUGUGGAAUGCUAUAUAAAACAUUAAGUAGAUCCAAUAAAUAAAGAAAUUUAAAUUAAAACCUUAAAUAUUUAAGAAUUAUAAAUAGAAGUAAAGGAUUUAAUAAAUGUAGGAACAUUAAAUAAAAUAAAUAAAGAACACAAUUAUUUUGAAGUCUAUUUUAAUUCAAUGAUUUCAAUUCUUUAUGAUCAUUUAAAAGUGAAUAAUUGUAAUUUUUUUUUUAAAAACAAACCUAUUAAAUAAGAUCUUACUUUUUAAGACAUCGAGUUUUAUGAUAUGGAUACAAUUGAGUAUGAAAUUAUUUAGACUUCUUCAUUCGUUAAAAUAAUUGUUAUUGAAAAUAAUUAAUAAUAAGAUAUUGAAUUAGACAAUCAAUUAACAAUCCAAGAUUUGAGAUAACAAUUAAAUAUAAGGAGUUCAUUUGAUCUAUUAUUAGAAGAUGAUUAAGUAGUAAAAGAUGAUUAAAUAUUAAGAGAAUUAGCAAGAGAUGGAAAGCUGAAACUUAAUUUGAGAUAAAUAAAAAAAUUACCUACUGAAAAAAGAAAAUAAUAAUCAGAAAUAAUAUAUUAUAAAAGAAAUUUAGAGGAUUAGAUUCAUGUUAAUGAAUUACCUUAAAAUAAAUAUUAAUUGUCUGUCUCUAUAUUGGGUGUAAUACAUCAAAUUGAAUUUGAGGAAAACAAACAAGUUAAAGAUUUAAGAUAAGUUAUCAUUGAAAAAUAUAAGUAGAAAGAUGAUAUAGUUAUUCGAUAUAAGAAUAAUAUUUUAAGUUCUUCUGAUCCAAUUCCAUAUUCAUCUGAGGUUAUUUUUGUUUUUCCAUAUGUAAUAAAUGUAAAAAUACAUGUCAGUUAAAAAAAACAAACAUUUGAUAAAAAAUUAUAACCUCAUGAAAAAAUUGGAGAUAUAAUAUCUAAAUUGGUUUAAUAAAUUAAAACUAAAAGUAACUCUGUAAAAUUGAUUAUGGGAAAUUAAAUCUUGGAUGUAAACAAAACAAUUAAAGAAUUAGGAAUAGUAGAUGGGGCAGAAUUGAAUUUAAUGAUUUGA